CCUUCCGAGGGCGCAAUGACCGGGAGACCCGGAGAGGGGCGCGGCCGCGGCGGCCAGGGCCUUCCCGGGGCGAGUCCAGAGGCCGGCCUGCCGCGCGCGGGGAGGAUGCUGGAGGUGCUGGUGCUGAAGGUUGAAGAUCCAGGAUGCUUCUGGGUGGUUAUAAAAGGGUGUGGUCCCUCUUCAGACCAUGAAGCUGACUACCGCAAACUAAACAGUGCCAUGAAUGACUUCUAUAAUAGCAUGUGUCAAGAUAUAGAAAUAAAACCAUUAAUGUUGGAAGAAGGUCAGGUUUGUGUGGUUUAUUGUCAGGAGCUAAGGGGCUGGUGCAGGGCUAUUAUUAAGUCAAUUAUGUCUUCAGCCGACCACUGCCUGGCAGAAUGUUUCCUUGUGGAUUUUGCCAAGCACAUUCCAGUGAAAUCUAAAAACAUCCGAGUUGCAGUAGAAACUUUUAUGCAGCUUCCCUACAGAGCAAAAAAAUUCAGACUGUAUUGCACAAAGCCUGUUACAUUACACAUUGACUUCUGUGAAGACAGUGCGGAAAUUGUACCUGCCAAGAAGUGGGACAGUGCAGCUAUUCAGCACUUUCAGAACAUUCUAAAAGCAACAACCCAGGUGGAAGCCAAAGUAUGUGCUGUGGAAGAAGAUACUUUUGAGGUUUACCUUUAUGUAACUAUAAAAAAUGAAAAAGUCUGUGUUAAUGAUGAUCUGGUUGCAAAGAACUUCGCUUGUUAUAUAUCACCCAAGGAGGAUAAAAACCUUGAUUCUUCAGAGAACCCAAGAUUGAAUAUAAAGUCAGCAUCCUUUUCCAAUAAACUUAAUCCGGCGCUUACUCUUUGGCCAAUGUUUUUGCAAGGAAAAGAUUCUCAAGGAAUGAAAAAUGCACACGGAUUAGCAUUUCUGGUGCCGUCUCUCCAGCAUCCGUGGCCCAGGGGUGUUGUCAGGGACCUGGCGCCGACUGCCACCAUCCUGGAUAAAGCUAUAAAAUGUGAUAUGAAUUCAUUGAGAGCUUCACCUAAAACAAAAUCUGAAAAGAAACAACAGUGCAUCUCUUUAAAAGAUGUAAAUAAGUGUGUUGCCUCUUCAGUGUACUGGCCAGCAGAAAGGGGCAUGACCAUGUAUGCUGAACCAGAUAUGCCAGCAACAAGUGCUUUAUGUCAGAAGUCAAAUGAGAAACUGCUUAGAUUGGCUGAGAAGAAAGAAUAUAAUGAGAAGAAUGGCUGUGUGAAAUUGUUGCAGUUUUUAAAUCCUGAUCCCUUGAAAGCUGAUGGAAUCUCUGACCUGGAACAGUUGCAGAAGUUGAAGCUGGGCUCACCGCAGCCCUCCGUGAUGCUCCGGAAUAAGAUUGAGCCUUGCCGAUCCAUUGAUGUAUCCCCGCUUUCGGCAGACCUGAAAAAGGCUCUUCUAAGAAGUAAGUUUCCAGGACCUAGCCACACUGAAUCUUACUCUUGGCCUCCAAUAGCUCGUGGGUGUGAUGUGGUAGUUAUUUCUCAUUGUGGGAAAGACCCUUUCCUGUACCUUCCACCAGUGCUCACCAUUUUGCAAACAGGGGGCUGCUACAAGUCAUUACCAAGUAGAAAUGGACCUCUGGCAGUCAUCGUGUGCCCUGGGUGGAAAAAGGCCCAGUUUAUCUUUGAAUUAUUGGGAGACUAUACCAUGCCCUCCAGGUCUCUUCAUCCUGUGUUAUUAACAAUUGGUCUCCACAAAGAUGAAGCCAAAAAUGUGAAGCUCCCAAAGGGGUGUGACAUAAUUGUUACAACACCAGAUAGCCUCCUGAGACUUCUCAAAUAUCAAAGUUUAUUAUUUCUUAGACUCUGUCACCUAAUUUUGGAUGAAGUGGAAGUAUUAUUCUUUGAAGCUAAUGAACAAAUGUUUGCUAUAUUAGAUAACUUCAAAAAAAAUACUGAAGUUGAAGAAAGAGAAUCUGCACCACAUCAGAUUGUUGCAGUUGGAGUUCACUGGAGCAAACACAUAGAGCAUUUGGUCCAGGAGUUUAUGAGUGACCCCUACGUUGUGAUCACGGCCAUGGAAGAGGCUGCUCUCUAUGGUGGUGUCCAGCAGGUAGUGCAUCUGUGCCUAGAAAGUGAAAUAACCUCUGCUUUACUCCAAACUCUUGAUUACGUUCCAAGUCAGGCUCAAAAGACCUUGAUCUUCACCUGUUCUGUAGCUGAAACAGAAAUAGUGUAUAAGGUAGUAAAAAGCAGUUCAAUGUUUUGUUUGAAAAUGCAUAAAGAAAUAGUUUUUAACUUAAAAAGUGUCUUAGAACAGUGGACCAAGAAGUUAAGUUCUGGUUCUCACCUUGUAUUAGUCUUAACUGAUGAUUGCGUCCCACUCUUGGCCAUCACUGAUGCCACAUGUGUGAUUCACUUCAGCUUUCCUUCCUCGCCAAAAAUUUUCGGUGGACGCCUAUGCUGCAUGUCUGAUCAUUUUCAGAGUUUAACCAAACAGGGUUCUCCUGAAGAACAGGGCAAUAAAAAAACCAAAUCUGUCUUGCUGCUGACGGACAGAAACGCACGCCAUGCUGUCAGCAUCCUGCGCUACCUGGAGCGAGCAGAUGCCACAAUUCCUUCGGAGCUGUAUGAGUUUACCGCAGGCGUUCUGGAAGCCAAAGAAAACAGAAAAGCCAAGCAGCCUCUUUGUCCAUGUCUUAAGGCUUUUGGUUUUUGCAAAGAUAAAAGGAUCUGUCCUGAUCGACACCGUAUUAACCCAGAAAUAGACAUGCCAGUGAGGUUAUCCAACCGAACUCUACCAGUGUCUGGAUAUAUUAAAAUAAUACCCUUUUAUAUUUCAAAUGCAACAAAUUACUUUGGUCGUAUUGUCGAUACACAUGUGGAUCUUUAUGCAACUCUUAAUGCCAAAAUGAAUGAGUAUUUUGAGGAUUCUGGUAAUAAAACAACUGUUGAAAAUGUGGCGAAAUUUGAAUUAUAUGGAUUGGCAGAAAAAACACUUUUUCACAGGGUCCAGGUGCUGGAGCUGAGCCAGAAGGAAGGCGCGUGGGCCCCGGAUGGCGUCCUUGUAAGGUUUAUAGACGAAGGCAGGACUGGACUUGUCACAACGGACCGGUUGCUGCGUCUCCCAGGGAAUUUCCACACCCUGCCCCCACAGGCUGUGGAGUUUAUUGUUUGCAGAGUGAAACCUGCAGACAAUGAAACUGAAUGGAAUCCAAAGGUUACUGGGUAUAUUCAUCAUAAAAUUAUUGGAAAACUUCAUGAUGCAAAAGUGAUACUGGCUCUAGGAAAUACACUUUGGAUUGAUCCAAUGGUACACAUUACAAAACUCCCAAAUUUGAAAACUUCUGUCAUUGACUAUAAUGUUCGAGCUGAAAUUUUGUCAAUGGGAAUGGGCAUUGAUAAUUCAGAACAUAUAGAACAACUGAAAAAAUUUUACGAAGGAGCUAAAAUGCCAAGUUUUGAGGAAAGCCCAAGCCAAACCCUGAUGCCGCCUUCCGCAGAUGAGGCCACAGGUCUGCAGAGCACGCCACGGGAGGGCAGGAGCCCGGACAGAGGUGCCGACCCCGAGUCACACUCAGAAGACCAGAAGCAUGAAACUUUGCCUGAAAACACUGGAGAUGCUUCUCUUAACAAAACUACAGAGCCUCUGAAAAGCUUCCACCCACAAAUAAAAUGGUUCCAAAAGGAAGAUGUAGUCAUAUUGAAGAUAAGCAUAAGGAAUGUAAAAGAUUAUAAAUGUAAAUAUUUUAGAGAUAGAGUUGUUUUCAGUGCCUGGGUGGGAGAGAAAUUUUACUUGGCUGAUAUGGAGCUGCACGCCAGUAUAACGAAAGAUAACUGCAAAUGCGUCCUUCAGAACGAUGAACCUGUAAUCACUCUUGCAAAAGAGAGAAGGGAAUCUUGGUGUCGCUUACUCAAACAGAAGAACCCUAAUGUGGCUUUUGAUUUUGAUCACUGGGAAGAAAGUGAUGAGGAUGGCCACUUCUCGGAGGGUAAGUGGGGUGCACUGCCUCCCUGGAGAAAGCCUGGGAGCCAUGGGGGUGGGUGUAAGCACCCAGCUGAUUGUAGGAAGGCAGCCUUUGUGGAAAUGGGUUGUUAAUGUAGAGCCUUAGGAAUUAGUUUUCUCCUUGUGGUUAAUCUUGGUGCUGUAUGUUCUGGUUUGAGGAGAUGUCAAUUCUUGGUUAUAAAUACACUUUCUUAUAAUACAAGGAUUAUAAUUAUUUAUAAGCAGGCAAAUUUCACCAAUUCAUUUCUGCCUAAAAUAAUGAAAAUAUAAAAUAAGUCACAAAAUAGAGCAAGAACCUGAGACUUUUCCUGCAUUGACCAAAAUAAUGAGGGGAAAGAUUUGCUAAUUAGUCUAUAAUUAACAUUUUAAAAUAAUAUCUAACUCUUUUAGUUGUAAAUUCUAAAAACCUGCCCCGCAAAGUGGCAGAGCUGGUUGAGAACAGUGACAAAACUUCGGAGGAUGACGAGAGUGACAGUGAAUGACAAUGUGAACUAAAUCCUGAGGAGCAGCCGGGAGACCAGACAAUAGGAGAUGUUGCUGUGUGAACGAAAGCUCAGAAAAGCAGAGUCACUGUCAACUUUUUUGCAUUUCAAGAAUAAAUAUGAAGUAUCAUCUUUCAGCACUGGGAUUGGUAAUGGUGAGAAAUUCUGAGCCCAUUUGAAAAAAGGCAGGGUGACUGUCGAGGACAGAGGAAGCCAGUCUAACACAGGCCUGGCUUCCACAGCCCAGCCCGACACACUCGAGGGACAGAGCACGCUGUGGCACUGGGGUGAUGAACUGCGCCCUUUGGAGUUA